CGAUCUACAGUCUACCUUUAUCAGGUUUGUAUCUUGCCAACGUAGGCACAACGUUAACCCGCGCAAUUAGUGCCUCGCCCUCGUGCUUCACUCGUGUGACCCCCUAUAGUAAAUUCGGCAUUUAAAAAAGAAUAACCAGUAGGUGUGAUUGUAAGCGAUGGAAGUUCACGAGGAGAGGUUCCGCGAGACGACUGGACGGGAGCUUCUCCUCAGCCUCAGCAGACUUGGAGUGGCCUUGUCGAAUCCAGACCAGUACAGGGAGCAGUUCAGGGGACGGUUGGGGCUGCUUCCUUAUUCACCGGACGGGGACGAUGACGACGACAACCCCGAAGAGGAAGACGAUUCCGAUGAUGAGAUGGAGGAGGACAUUGAACUGGGCGCGGCCUUUCCAAGCGUCCCUCCCCGGCCAUCUCCUUGCAGUUAUCUCCAUCCCGGCAGGUCCUUUACAGGGCAACAGCGGCUUUCUGCUCCGCACCGGCACCAGCAAGAAGAUUGGACCGUGACAGCAACCAUUUACAGCUGCGAUCUCGAGCGCGGCUUACUAACAGGCAGCAUGGUGGCCCAGAACAACCCUGUUGCCAAGCGGCCUAUCGUCACGUACUUUGAGGGUGAAAUCAUCGACAACGUCAACCACUCCUUUUGGACGGGCUGCAAGUGGGGCACCUGCCCCAGCCGGGAGAGCGACGUGCGGUACUGGUCGCGCUGCCCGGGCUUCAGCGGAGCGCUGCGCAACGCGGUGAAGCGGCACGACGGGCGGGCGCCGCAGUUGGGCAGCUGUCAGCACAUCUUCAUGCGCUGGAAGGAGGUCUUCUUUGUAGACGUGCCGCAGGACUGCCCACUGACCAUCACCGGCUUCUACUACCUGUCGCUGGACCGCUGCUCGGGCGCCAUCGGGGGUUACUACCACGACUCGAGAUCGGCACCGCUGCAGGUGCUGCAGCUGACGCCGGUUGAGCUCUGCGGGGGCAGCAGCAGCAGCAGCGGCAGCAUGGGAGGGGCGGCGGCCGGGACGGCAGCGGCGGCUUCCGCCUGCGGGGAGGUCCCAGCGGGGAUGGCAUUUGGGUCAUACACAUUGUGCUGACACAGCACAUCCCUGCCAUGACCAUGAUUAGGGUAGAUCUGAGGGAUUAGGGUGAUGGCUGGCCCUGUUCGGCCAUUCGCUAGAGAGAAUAAUGACUAGCUGUACAAAUGAGGAGUGCGCCUCUGUACAGACAAGCACCCCAGGUGCUGUGCGGACGGGCUUGGCGCGGCCAUGUAUCUUGAUAAGACUUGGAGGCUAGGCUGUAGUACGAGACUUCAGAGCUAGGAGGUAGCUGGGGUUGGGGUGUUAGGGGGUGUAAUGAUCGCAUCAGGGUGUGGCAUCGGGGUGUCGUGGUGGCGUGAAGGCCCCUGCUGCAGGAGUGCGUGUUCCUAUUAGUUCGCUGGCAGGUGGGUGGGGAGGUUUCUCGGGUACCGGGUUUGGCGCUCGCGCCUCUGAGCAGGUGUACGAUAUUUUAGGUAAGGUUGUUUGGAAGGGAGUAUUUCCGCUUGACGGAGCCAGCGGUAGCUUGCGGGUUGCCAGGGUAGUCCACUGUUCGUUUGCCGCUCAGCGGUGUGUUGACAGAGCAGCAGCGGCGGGGCUGCCUUAGCAUUUCGCUGUUCGAGGGUCUUCUUUUCGCUGUAGGUGGGACGCGGGGUUAAUUGCGAAAUGCGAAAUGAUGAUGGUACAAGGAAUUGGCGCACUGAGUGUCCCCAAUUACCGUGCAUGUUGUGUCAGUACUUAUGACUAGUCGCAUCCCUCGCCGCCUGUGUCGCGUCGUGUCGUUAAUAGACCCAUGGGUCAGGCGGGUGCUAGGUCGGUAGGUGCUAGGUCGGUAGGUUCCAGGUCGGCGCGUGCUACGUCGGCGUGUGCUAGGUCGCGUAGUGUAGAGGACGGCGAACAGAGCGAUGCAGCAGCUUAGGAAGGGACGGCUCGUGGCUCUCCCCGUUCUCCACCCAGGAGCCUUACGGGCCAACUCCUGCAGCCCGUAUGCCCCUCCCCUGCGCAUCAUGUAACAUAUGCACCGGUGUGCCUCGCAC